UUUGGACCGUUCUUUUGAUUUCAUUUUCAUUCCCACUUUACCUCGAUUUUUGCAUUUGAUAUCAUUGUGUUUUCAUGUAUUCUGCAGAUGCUCAAAAAGAGUAUUCGCUCAGCUUGGUGUAAUCUUUAUAUUUUCUCUUCUCAUUUUCGUUUUCAUCGGCAGUUAUCAGAUUGCAUAACUUGCAUGACCCUCCCUUGUCAUCUGCUGUUCAUUCUCAUAUAUCUUUCCUGUACUGCAUUGUUGUUCCAGUUACGAUCUUCUGGCAACAGCAGGUUCCUCUUUUUUUUUUUUUUUUUUUUUUUUGAUUUUCACUCUACGUUAAUGUUUCCUUCUUCAUGGGCAGAAGCAAGUUCAUGUAAGGCUCAUCCGCCUUUGUGUAUUAGUCUAUCAUAGCAGCAUCACUUCCCUUGGCAGUUCCAGUGUUAAGCAAAGCGACGAAUGAUUAUCGAUAUGUUUCCCCCUCUUCCCCUCACUCCAGCCUUCAAGGUAUCAUCUAUCAAUUUCCUAUUCUCGCUCACCUGAGUUCAGCCGUAUUUUCAUUCGAACAG